AUGGCGUCCUAUUGCAGAUUCCCACCGAAAACGCCCACCGAAAGUAUGUCGAAGCUCUCGGCGCGCUCUCUGCGGAGUCUCCAACUCCUCCGUCAGCCGGCUUCGGCACUUUCGGCCGCACAUUUUAGUCAGAUCGCAACGUAAGUUUUCUGAUUUUUUUUGCUUUUUCUCAAUUUUAGGGAAAAGAAGAGAAGUGAUACUGUAAGCGUUCGGAUUGCGAAUCGCUGACGCCAUUUUUUGUUAGUUUUGUAAAGAUCUGUCAAUUCAGAGAGCAAUUUUUUGUCAUGAGUAAUAUAAGUCUUAUAAAAAACUUUGAAUUAUUGUAAAAAGAUGGCAACGCGCUGUUAAAAACAGUUAGUAACCUCCAUAAUUCUCGACUCUUCCCGUUCGCAAAAGCAUGAUUCGUCAAGGGUCAAAGUAUCAUUCCAUAAAAAGUAGGAAAAGCGGCGUGGAGAAGAAUGCUCGAAUUCCACAUCAACUCUGAUAAUUUUUUGACAAAAACACAUUUGCAGUUAGGUUUUAUGGGAAAUAGUGUAGUAUCGACUUUAAAGUAAAAAAUUAACAAGGAGAAGUUUCCGGAAAAUAUAAUACAAAUUUUAGACGUUUUUUGAGUUUCUGUUUUGAUUUCUCCCAUGUAGAUGACGCAAUUUGAAACGUUUUUGAUGAAUGAUGACGUUCAGAGUACUCGAAAUCAUAUGCUUUCACAACAAAAGAUUAGGAUUUCACAUGUGAUUUGACUCUUCCAAGAGCUUAUCAUGGUGAAUAUAAAAUAAUGGUGUUUAUGAUCGACUAGAUAAGUAUUUGGUUACCAAAGAGUCUGCAGCUGAUUUAACAAGGAUUAUCAAGUUUUUUUGCAGUAAAAACGUGUACAAAUUCAAGCCCUUGACCAAGUCCAGCGCUAACGUUCUGCUCAAUGGAAAAUGGGUACGAUACUACAGUGGUAAGUUGAAUUAUGAUUUUUGUUGAUGUUUAGGGCGUAUUUUAGCGAAUGGCUUCAUAUUGUAAGCAGAUUUGAACCGAGUCGGUAUCAAAUUUUGCAUUUCCCGAUAUUACUUUAGGUACCUUUUUCGCUCGGCUUUCCUUAAACUCGCACAGGUUUUGUUAAGCAGUGUGAAUAACAGGAUAAUAAAACAAAUAUAGAUGAUCCCACGCAUCGCCCCCGUUUCGAAUCACCGCUAAUAUUAGGCUUUUUAUGGUGUUUUAUAGUUUCAAAUGGGAUAUUUAGAAUACACGUUAUUUUAAUAGGAACGGUGAAAUUGAAUUUAUUAUUUGUUUGAAACAGGUCUGGAUUGUUUUGAUAAGCCGUUUGAGGAUUGAAAUUUGGAUUUGGUUGAUGAUAUUGUAGUAGUGGCUUAUGCAGUAUAGUAAUAUAAGCGGAUGUAAAUGACCUAUUUAAAGGCCAUAAUUCUUUGAAGUUGCUUAAUAAGCGCCGUGAUUAUUUUUAAAGUUUUCAAGAAUUUUUUGAGGGGCUAAAACCGAGUCUUUGAGAUCUAGUGUAAUAUAAUUUUUUGACAGUAAUUGAUAUCAUUGUUUUCCAUAUUAAAUAGUAGCGUUGGAAAUAGCUUUUGGAUGGGUUCAAGUACUUUUGAUGUCCUAUUCAGCAAAAAAAAUCAUUUUUUUUUUGAUUUGGACCUCUAGUGCAAUAUUAAUAUAUAUUUUUUAAUAGUGAUUCAAAACUUCUUAGAUUCAAGUACUUUUGUAAAGAUUCUUGUUUUGUUAUGACGUUACCCUCUUCGUUUUCAUUACAGCCGAACUCCCGGAGCAUCUGAAAGUGACGUUGCCGGCCUUGUCACCGACAAUGGAGAUGGGAACCAUCGUUUCUUGGGCCAAAAAAGAGGGCGAGAAGAUCAACGAAGGAGAUUUGCUCUGUGAAAUUGAGACCGACAAGGCGACGAUGGGUUUCGAAACCCCCGAAGAGGGAUACCUGGCCAAGAUCUUGUUGCCAGAAGGCAGCAAGGACAUCCCCAUUGGAAAAGUAAGAUUUUUUGGAUUUUUGUUUGAAUUUUAGAGGAAAUUUUUUGGAAGAAUUGAGAAGCAAACAAGAUUUUAUGAUCCGUGUUUAUACGGGAUUUUAAACAUUUUAAAAAUUUUGAUCCAUUUUUGAGAUUUUUUUGUAUCAUUUUAGUGUUUUUUAUGAAAUACUAAUCCAUUUUUUCAGCUCCUCUGCAUUAUUGUCGAGAAGGAAGCCGAUGUAGCCGCCUUCAGAGACUUCGCGGCCUCCGGUGAUGCCGCUGCCGCCCCAGCGGCCCCUAAACCUCAAGCUGCUCAACCUCCACCACCACCCCCACCAGCUCAAGCACCCCCUGCCCAAACUUUCACACCACCCACUGCCGUUGUCCCACCAACCCCUCAGGCUCCGCCAGCUCAAGGCGGCAGAGUGAAGGCCUCUCCGUAUGCCAAGAAAUUGGCCGCCGAACAUGGGAUCCCACUCAGUCAGCUGGCCGGAUCAGGUCCAGGCGGACGUCUCAUCGCCAGUGAUAUCUUGAACGCCGGCCAUGGCGUAGCACCCGCUGGUGCUCCAGCAGCCACAGCGGGAGCACCAGCCGCCCAGGCCGCCGCCCCAGCUGCCCAUGCCGCGGCUCCAGCCCAUUCGGCCGCCCACACCGGCCCGGUCUCGGCUCCAUCUCAACACGCCUCAUAUCAGGAUUUACCGUUGUCCAACAUGAGAAAGGUGAUCGCCAAACGCCUGUCCGACUCCAAGUCCACCAUCCCGCAUUAUUAUUUGACCAGUGAAAUCGAAGUGGACGAGUUGUUGAAGAUCCGCGAAAAGUUGAAUGUGAUCGUCGCGGCCGAAGCCAAAAAGGACCAAAAACCACACAAGUUGUCCAUCAACGACUUCAUCAUCAAAGCCUCGGCGCUGGCCUGCCUCAGAGUGCCGGAAGCCAACAGUUUCUUCAUGGACUCGUUCAUCCGACAGAACAAUCAAGUCGAUGUUAGUGUAGCUGUCUCCACCGACAAGGGACUGUUGACCCCAAUUGUAUUCGACGCCGACUCGAAGGGCAUUCUACAGAUCAGCAAGGAGGUGAAAGCACUGGCGCUCAAGGCCAGAGAAGGAAAACUUCAACCGCAGGAGUUCCAGGUAAGGAUAUUAUAAAAUUUUGGUGUUGUCAUGGAAUUUUUUGUCGAUUUUGGGAGAUUAAUGGAGUAUUUGUAGGGAGGAACCUUCAGUGUCUCGAAUUUGGGCAUGUACGAUGGAGUGGACCAUUUCUCCGCCAUCAUAAAUCCGCCUCAAGCCACCAUCCUGGCCGUUGGAGCCGCUAAGAAAAAGCUUCGACCUAGCGAAGAUGGGUGAGUUGAUUUUGUAUGUUUGUAUGUCUUAGGAGACCCUGUUUCAUGAGCUAUUAAAUUGCUUAUAAGUUGUUCGGAAUAGUUGUAAUUUGUUUUUGUUUUAGCCACAAACAAGUCACCACCAUCAAAGUCACCCUCAGCUGUGAUCAUCGCGUUGUGGACGGCGCUGUGGGCGCGUUAUGGAUCCAGCACUUUAAGGGCUUUUUGGAGAAGCCACACACCAUGCUCCUCUAA